CGAGUUCUUCCCCCCUCCCCCACCGCCAACUUUUCUGUUUAUUUUCCCACACGUCGCACUAUGCUGCGAUCACCGAUCUAACGUACUGUCCAUCUUCACUCUAUCUCCCUACAUAGAUAGUCCCGAUACCUCACCAUGGCCUCUGCUUCAGGUUUUCCAGCCGCUGGCAGGGCCCGAUUAUCCGACGCGGGUAUGACAUCAACCCACCAGACUGAAAGCACGACGACGACGACGACGACCACGACGACGACGAGCGAGUCAACAAAUACUAGAAGCGACACCAAUGCGACCCCCGGCGAUAGCGGAGCCGUCGAUGAACCGGUGCUUCUCCCCAGCCAAUCCCCUCCCUCCGACGAGACCGUCACGACCGAACCUCCGACAGCGGACCAAUCCACCCUGGUCGACCCAUCGUCAUCAACCAUGCACGACGACGAAGAACCGCGCAAAUGCUGGAUCUGCUACACGGACGAGACGGAAGACACGCCGCUCAGCUCGGAGUGGCGAUCGCCGUGCCCGUGCGCGCUGACCGCGCACGAAGCGUGCCUCCUCGACUGGCUGGCGGACCUGGAGAAUCCGCGGUCGCGCCAACGCAACAUCUCCAGCGCGAAGAUGGUCUGUCCGCAGUGCAAGACGGAGAUCGUGGUGUCGCGGCCGCGCAGCUACAUCGUGGAUGUCGUGCGGCUGUGCGAGCGGGUGGCCGGCCGGCUCGCGCUCCCGGGGAUGGUGUUCACGCUGGCCGGCACGGUGUGGGCGGGCUGCUGCGUGCACGGCGUCUACUCGAUGUAUUUUGUGUUCGGGGCCGAGGAGGCCCGCCAUCUGCUGGAGGAGUCGAUCGACGGGUCGUGGAACGCCGGCGUGAACCUGGGCCUGCCCCUGAUCCCCAUGUGUCUGAUCCUGACCCGCACGCGCUACUCGGAGAGUCUACUUGCUGCGAUCCCAUUCCUGCUGCUGGUCACGCACACGCCGGUCAUCGAGCCGGCCGCCGCGACGGACCUCUGGCCGCCCACGCCGGCGGCGACAUUCGCCGCGCUGCCAUACGUCAAGCGCCUGUAUUCGCUGCUGUAUGACCGGAUGUUCGGGAAGCUGGAGAAGAAGUGGAUCCAGGAGGUGCAGCCGCGGGAUUCGGAGAUCAACGAGCUCGAUGACAAUGCGCCGCCGAACCAUCCGGAGCCGAUCCCCGAUGAAGCGGAACCGGUGGAUGAUGGCAACGGACCGGUGCUGAUGGAGUUCGACUUCGAGUUGCAGGUGGGAAUGAGAGGGGACGAGGACGGGGCCCGGGGAUUGUUUGGGUUCAACGGUGGACGAGGUGCAGAUGGACAACAGCUGCAAGGUCCGCAGAAUAACGGCGGCGGCGCAGCAGCAGCAGGGCAGGGACUGGGCCUGGGCCGGCGGGAUGAUGCGGUUGCUGAGACGACGAACCUGGCCGAUCUAGUUCUCGGGGCUCUGGCUUUACCGGCCAUCUCCGCGUCGAUGGGAGGGUUGCUCCGACAUGUGCUGCCGAGCUCGUGGACAACGCCUUCCACGGCGGGCCGACCGGGGCUCUUGCAAACGCGCUGGGGCCGCAGCGUCGUUGGAGGCUGCGUGUUUGUGCUCCUGAAGGAUGCCCUGGUGCUCUACUGUCGGUGGAAGUUGGCGCAGUCCCAUCGUCGUCGCAAGGUGCUCAACUACGACCGAUCCAAGAAGCAUCUCCGGGCGAGCAGCAGGGCAAACAACAGCACUUAGGCUUAUAGUACGCAGCACGACUGUUGGAACUUGCAUUUUCUGAGGCGUUUUGUUGUGGCGAAUGGGAUGAUUAUUCAUGAUACACUUUUUUUCGUUUCGUUUGCGACUCUCCGACUCCACGUUGUUUGGACAAAAAGGCGGGCACAUAUUUUCAAGGAUGCACUUAGCAAUAAGCAGGAAGCACUUAGCAAUCAGCAAUUAACAUACGAUCCCCCUUAUG